AUGUCAGCUGAACUUCCACCGCCGCUCCGUAUUGUGACGGGACAUACUGACAUUGGGUGGUCUUCCAUCCGGAGCGAGGAUCGUGUGGAGCCUAAAAAGACGGCAGGCUUUUUGGGCGUACAAGGCGCCCCUUUAUGGGUGACAGACAGCGUACCGACGAAUGACAAUAACAACGACGUUGAUGGAGCGACAAGACAAACAGAAGGGGACUUUGGACUUGUUAUGAGGAAUGGGACAGUCCUGAGGUAUACGGACAUUGCCCCGGGAGCGAUGGCUUUCAUGCAUCGCUCAUCAUCUUUUGAUUACAACGUCCUGAUCCGUGGGAAGCUCAUACUGGAGAUGGAAGACGGCACCGAGAGGACACUCGAGACGCCUGGGGACAUUGUCAUUCAGCGCGGGACAUUACACGCUUGGAGGAACCCUGGUCCGGAAUGGACCCGAUUUGUAUCGGUGUUGGUGGAUGCGAAGCCUGCUCUGGUGAACGGCGAGCCGUUAGAGCCAGAUAUAUAUUGCCAAACGUAA